AAUAAUCAGAAUGCGUUGCAUUUGACAAGAAUGACAAUAACAGAUAAGAAGGUGACAUAAAAGCAUGAUUUGAACAAAAGCUUAGGGAAAAAUGAAGUUGGAUACUGUUUGGAGCUCCCUAGGACUAUCUGUCAUUGGUCGGGUUGCCCUUCUUUUGUACGGCGAGUGGCAGGACAGAACAAUGGCCGUAAAAUUCACUGACAUAGAUUACUAUGUCUUCACAGACGCUUCUCGACUGAUGCACCAGAAUAUGUCCCCAUACUACCGUCCGACAUACCGUUAUACACCGCUUCUUGCAUGGAUGCUGCAGCCCAAUGUCACUCUGAUGCAGAUGUUUGGAAAACUUGUCUUUGUCUUCUUUGAUGUGGUCACUGGUUAUUUGAUAUAUUCUUUACUGAGGUCACAGGGGUUCAAGGAAACAUUAAGUAAUGUGUGUGCUUGCUUCUGGCUCCUGAAUCCUCUUGCUGCCACUGUGUCCACUCGAGGUAAUGCUGAAUCCAUCAUGACGUUUUUGGUGCUUUUGACAUUAAGGUUGCUUCAAGGUCGAAGAUAUAUCCUUGCAGCCAUUUCAUAUGGCUUGUCAAUCCAUUUCAAGAUUUACACUAUAACCUAUGCAAUGCCAGUUUACUUUAUGUUAAAUGAAGAAAAGUUGGUGAAUUUGAGCAGAAAAGGACACAGACUUGAGCAGUGUGUUGGGUAUAUUUGGCCCACUGGCAGACGUGUCUAUUUUGGUGUCGUAGUGGCGUUUGUACUUCUAGCACUGACUGGUUUGUACUAUCACUGGUAUGGCUGGGCUUUUCUCGACAAUACUUACCUGUAUCAUAUUGGCAGAAAAGACAUUCGACACAAUUUCUCGCCAUACUUUUAUUUAAUCUACUUGACAGCAGAAUCUCCUCACUCCUCCGUUCUUGCCUUGCUGGUAUUCAUUCCACAACUCAUUCUUAUUGUCACCUUCUCCAUAAAAUUCUACAUGGAUCUCCCUCUGUGCUGGUUCCUUAUCACAUUUGUAUUUGUGACCUACAACAAAGUAUGCACAUCCCAGUAUUUCUUGUGGUACUUGUGUCUCUUGCCUGUUGUCCUCCCAAACUUACGGAUGUCACUGAGGAGAGGAGUGGCCUUAAUAAUACUUUGGUUUAUUGGUCAGGGCUUGUGGCUCCUUCCAGCAUAUGGCCUGGAGUUUGAAGGAUUCAAUAUGUUCAUGUAUAUUUGGUCAGCAGGAAUAUUUUUCUUCUUCAUCAACAUAUACAUAGUGACAGCUAUAUUGGACAAUUAUACGGCCAAGCCACACACAAAAUCUCUAUAACAUACUAAGGACCAUAUUAGAUAAUUAUACAGCUAAACCUUUCACAAAAUCUCUGUCAAAUAGAGACAGCCAUGUUGGACAACUACAUGUAUACUGUUAAUUUUCACACAAAAUCUCUAUGAUAUAUAGGCAGCCAUAUCACACAAUUAUACAGAGCCUCAAAACCAACUCAGUGAUAGAAACUAUUUACAAAUGAUUUCAAUGUGAUUUAAAGAUAGAGAGUAGUAAUUGGUAAUGAAAUUUAUUGGUCCUUUUUCAAAGGUCACCACCCAAAUUCUUGUGUCCUGGACUUCGUCUGAUGGACUCUAUCCAUCUCAACUGCCAAAUCUAGAUAUUGGUUAAUUACAGGUUUUCCGCCUCCUGGACUUGUCUUUUCACUAGGUGUUGUCUCAGUUAUAAAUACAAAUUACAUUUUCAUUGCUUAAUACUUACAGUGAAGGGACAGGGCUAGUUAGAAGACUAUGAAACCUUGGCAUCAAGUGAUGGCAAUUUAUUGUGACACUAUGUACUUCACAGCAAUUCAUUUUCAAUAAAACAACGAUUGAUUAAUUACUUUCCUUCAAAGUGUUUCAACAGUGUGACACAUUCAACUAUAAUUAAGUCAAGACCUCUUGAGCAGUCACCAUGAGGGUGUACAGGUAGAGAACUGUUCACUCAGGUACAGGCUAAUUUAGUUUUUACCUGACUGAUUUAGACAACAAUGCUUAUAAGAAUAUGAUUAUCUUCUAUUCUAAUUAAUUGAAAUGCCACACUAAUUGAAGUGUCUACUGAUCAUCUAUGAACAACUAAUUCUGAAGUAUAAUGCUAAAAUAGUGAAAACAUGAACUAUCUCUAAAAUAAGAAAAUGUCUUAAUACUGCAAUAUAUG